AUGGACGUACUGCCAGUAGAGGUGAUCGAGUUGAUCUUCCUAGCUGCGUGCUGCGAUGGCGGGAGGAUGGCAGGCUCCAUAAGAGCGACUUGCAAGACUUUCCGUGAUAUCUCAGACGCGUGCAGAUUCCGCACCGUCGCCAUUGCGAGCGAAAACCAAGCCUUAUCCUUCCGCGAUGCGUUCCGCCAAGCGUCACCAACGGCGCAAGCCAGUAUGCGCCAUCUUUUCGUGAUGGUACCCGGGGAGAGUCAAUCCGGUAUCGCUACUGCAGAAGAGAUUGUUCGAUCGGUUGCACAAUCUCUCGAAACUCUCACCUGCGUCGUGACUCCAGCCAUCAGGGGGCACCUGGGCAUCAUGCUUCGCCUGGUCUCUACCGUAACCCAAUUCCCUCAACUCCGCGCCCUGACACUGCGUUGCGACGACGGCGGGGUCCUCGGCGACGACUUCACCACGCCGGAAGCUGGCAUCUUGUUCCCGCGGCUGCAGUACCUACACCUGGCACAUCGCGCCAUGGCCCCCUUUACAGUUAUUCACCGUGCCGUCGAUUACCUAAAAACUUGCGCCGGUAGUCACCUCAGGAGGGUCACGAUAUCUGGCGGGACCUGCAUGAAGAGAGGUGAUUUGUCGGACUUCCGGGAGAUGCUGCUGUUUCCGAAGCGUCAGCUGCCUGGCAACUCCCCACCCUGGUCAGCUUUAUGUCCUCUCCAGACAUAUAUUCUCGAGCCGUACUACUUCAUCGAGUCCUUCCGUCGAGGAUUAACCGACCUUGAGAAGGAGACGAGGGAGAGGGAGGGUGCUAUCCGGCUCGUCCUCCUGCCGAGGUGUGCCAGGAUACCCUGGCAGAAACGGAUGGAGGAGUGGUUGUUGGUCCGAGCGGGUGAGCUAGAUCCGCUGCACGAGUGGCCGGAGGACAUCCCCUGGACCGGCGUAAAUCCCUAA